CCCUCCCCUCUGCUCUUUCCGUCCGUAUCUCUCCCUUCUCUUUCUCUCACUGGAGCACAUGAGAUUCUCCUCCCGAAACCUGAACCGCAGCGGCAGAGGCAUCGACCCCCCUCCCCACACGCGCACACAACAUGGCUACAAUCGUAACCUCGACCAGGUUUACGGACGAGUAUCAGCUUUAUGAAGAGCUGGGGAAGGGCGCGUUCUCCGUGGUGCGGAGAUGUGUGAAAAAAUCCAAUGGCCAGGAAUAUGCUGCUAAAAUUAUUAACACGAAGAAACUGUCAGCAAGAGAUCAUCAGAAACUGGAACGUGAAGCCCGAAUCUGCCGUCUACUCAAGCACCCCAAUAUCGUCCGGCUCCAUGAAAGUAUCUCAGAAGAAGGUUUCCAUUACCUGGUCUUUGACCUUGUGACUGGGGGGGAGUUGUUUGAGGAUAUCGUCGCCAGAGAGUAUUACAGUGAAGCUGACGCAAGCCAGUGCAUCAAUCAGAUCCUGGAGAGUGUCAAUCAUAUUCACCAGCAUGACAUUGUGCACAGAGACCUUAAGCCUGAGAACUUGCUUUUGGCCAGCAAGAUGAAGGGCGCAGCAGUGAAACUGGCUGAUUUUGGGCUUGCCAUCGAGGUGCAGGGUGAUCAACAGGCCUGGUUUGGUUUUGCCGGCACACCUGGCUAUCUGUCUCCCGAGGUUUUGAGAAAAGAUCCCUAUGGGAAACCUGUGGACAUCUGGGCCUGUGGUGUUAUCCUGUAUAUUCUCCUAGUGGGUUACCCUCCAUUUUGGGAUGAAGAUCAACAUAAGUUAUACCAGCAGAUCAAGGCAGGAGCUUAUGAUUUUCCAUCUCCUGAGUGGGAUACGGUCACCCCCGAGGCCAAGAACCUCAUCAACCAAAUGUUGACCAUCAACCCUGCCAAGCGGAUCACAGCAGAGCAGGCCCUCAAGCACCCAUGGGUCUGCCAACGGUCCACAGUGGCAUCCAUGAUGCAUCGUCAGGAGACAGUGGAGUGCUUGCGCAAGUUCAAUGCCCGCAGGAAACUGAAGGGAGCCAUUUUGACCACUAUGCUGGUUUCUAGAAACUUCUCAGUGGGUCGGCAGCAUACCAGCCCUGCUGCUCCCACCACAAGCACUGCCGCUCUUGCACAGGAAGCAUGCAAAAGUUUACUGAAAAAAGCAGAUGGAAGUAAGCCCCAGACAAACAACACUAAAAACAGUGUAGUGAGCGCUGUAGUGAACGCCAUGAAAGAAAGCAACACAACCGCGUCUACACCAAUGGAGCCACAAACUACAGUUGUGCACAACCCUCCUGAUGGACCCAAGAGCUCCACAGAAAGCUGCAACACCAAUGAGGAAGAGGAUAUGAAAGGUAGGAGAGCUGAGAGCGCGCAGGGGGCGAGCUGUGACAGUGCCGUCAUGAGUCAGUGCAGUGCCGGGGACGAGCCGCUCGUUCUGGUGGCUUCACCGCAGGGUUCUCCAGCCACCGUCCCCAUGCAUGACGUUAAACGCUUGGCAUGGAACAGUUCAGGUCAUGCUUCAUGUCCCGAGUUAGAGAGCACACAAUCUGGAGCCCGUGAGGCCAGCGGUAUCCCUACAGCGAGUGGGGCCGCAGCUCGUAAGCAGGAGAUUAUCAAGAUCACCGAGCAGUUGAUCGAAGCAGUCAACAAUGGCGACUUUGAAGCAUAUACGAGAAUCUGUGAUCCUGGUCUGACUUCAUUUGAACCUGAAGCUCUGGGGAACCUGGUGGAGGGAAUGGACUUCCACAAGUUUUAUUUUGAGCACUUGUUAAGUAAGAACAACAAACCCGUGCACACCACUAUCCUGAACCCUCACGUUCACCUCAUUGGAGAAGAUGCUGCCUGCAUCGCUUACAUCCGACUGACGCAGUACAUCGACAGCCAGGGCCGCCCGCGCAGCUGCCAGUCAGAGGAGACGCGUGUCUGGCACCGCCGCGACGGCAAGUGGCUUAAUGUCCAUUUUCACUGCUCAGGGGCGCCAGCCGCACCCUUACAGUGAACCGCAUGGGAUACAGCUUGCCUGGAUUCUCAAGAUAAUGGAAAUGUUUCUUCUUUGUGGCCGGACGGGCACAUGAAGGCCAGCUGGAUGACAGCUCUUAAAAGUUACAGACACACCAGUGAGGAACUCUAACAACAUCCAGUUCAACUGUCAACACCACCUAUCCUGUCCAAUCUUUGACCAACGGGAGCUGGCCGCGGCUGUGGCCCCGCCCAAGGGACGGUGCAUGUAUCUGACGCCCACAUGGGGGUGCUGUUUUGUCCUUUUCCCAUGGAACCAUCUUUUUUUGCCCGUUAAAGAUGUUCAGAAGGUGUUGUACGUACUGAUCUAUAAAUUCAUAAAUAUACUGUAUAUUGUAAAAAAUCACUAGCUGAAACAGAAGCUACAAUCAAGUUCGAAAAGCAUUUAUGUAAGUAAACGGGACGGGAGGGUGAAUGUCGUGGGGGGGCGGGGUUAAAAAAAAACGGACUGUCGCUCAAAAACUGCUCAAGUUUACAGGGUCGUCCUCGGUAUCUUGUACACUUUGCAGGUUUUUGGAUACAAACUCAUAGGAAGUGGGUCGUUUAAGUGACAUAUUGUUCCGAAGUUCUUCAUAUCAGAAACCGAAAGAACCAAAGUGUAGUUUUUAGUCUUUUUAAGGAAUGUUUCUGUUUGGUGUGUUGGGAUUUUCUUUACCUAACCAAAAUCUAAGAAGGUUUGUACGGCCCGGGUGUUAGUAUUCAUUUGUUUUUAAUGUGGAACUCCUAUUUUUCUUUUGAUCUUUGACUCGGACGUAAAGUAUUUUUGUGUUUGAAUUUUAAAGACCUUUUUAAGUUUACAUAAAUAAUACACCCGUAAAGACAUUCAGAACUAUUUAAAGGAGAUUUGCCAUCCAGGUUAAGGAAAAAAGUUUGCGCUCUGUAUGUGUGUGAGAUCGAGAUAGAAAUGUAAUCCACGUGACGCCCCCCGUAUAGUUUUAAAAGGUUUGCGCGUGCCACAAGUAUGAGGACAGAUAAAGCGCCAUCCAAUAAAGCACACAUCCAAAAACCAACCCAGUUUAAUAUAGUCAUGGGCAAACCAUCGCCUCUACAUAAAUAACACGAUCAAUAUAAAUAACAAAAACAUAUGAUGUUAGUAGUUGAGACUGGGGCUUAAAGCAGUGUUGUGAAUCUUAACACAUACAAUACCAUCACACACACAUACAGUUGUAUUGUAAAAGUGCGCGGUUGUUUUAAUAGUAAUGUUUAAUGUGUCUACAUCACCCUGUCUUCAAUGUCGUCGUGCUUCAUGUUGGUGACGGGAGCUCUGUAAAUACACGUCUUUCGACUCGUCCUGUCACGGGGAGUAGGUGGGAAAACUCUGUGAACGCUUUGCUUCCGAUUUCCAGAGUUACGUCGAUUAAAAAUCACCAUUUUAAUGUUUGUACGAUCACAAUUCACAGGGGUCUGUCUGUUGGUUUUGACCACAAACUAUGUUACGCGUAAGUUUUAUGGCACUGACUAUUUAAACGGCGUUUUAAUAUUACUGUUACUGUUAGAAGUGAAGGUUUGAUUUUUGUGAGUGACGCGUUAAGUUCGUCUGUAGUUGCAGGAGUGUUCAUCAACGCGGCGUUUUUUGUCUUUUAGAUGCUAGAUUUUGGUAGCGUAUAGUUAUUUUCAGAGGCAGUAUAUUGUGAAGUGUGGAAAACAAAAGAUGACGCCAUCCCAUUUGGAGCACACAUCAGUCUUUUGUAUCGACAAAGUUCUCGGUCUGUAAAUAUGUGUAGUGUUCACGCACCUUUCAUUGUGUGCUGGGCUUCGUGACAUAUCAGAUUUGUAUCUCGCGCGCGUGCGUUCAUCACCUUAACCACAACGUCCUUUAACGUAGUGAUGUCGUCCGAUUAUGUGACGCUUUCACGUCUCGUGCUCCAUUUCUCAUGCUUGUUUUUUACUUGAUUUUGUUUUUUUGUGCUAUGGGGAACUGCUGCCUUGCCUGGCCAAACUACACUGUCUUUAUUUUGAUUUUUUUUUGUUUUUGUAAAUCCAUCCGAGAGUUCCUUUUCUGUACUUGGUCGACAUCUUCAUAUCCGCUAAAGUGAAAAGGAAUGAUGGCCAUCAGAAGACACUAGCUAGUGUAGAUUUACAGAAAUUAACGUCCACCCCCUUAAUAAAAUCUUGGUUUUCGUAUUGGGCAGGACGGUGAAUUCUUCUGGCCCACCCGUCCAAUAGCAGGCCGAUAUGCAUGUCUACUUUUCUUGGUGAAUCUUUUUCAAUCUGUGUUAAUAAACACACUUAAUAAAAAAGUCAUAGUAUUUGCAUCUCGACAUGAAAACCAAUUCAUUUGGGAAUUAUAAGUGACAUACAGUACCAUAUUUAAAAAGAAAAAACGUUAGAAAAUAGUGAAAAUGUGUUAAACAAAAGCCUUUGCUUGGUAUGCUCCCCUCAUUCUUAGUAAAUCUAUUGCAUUGUAAUGGUAUACUAUUGGGCUUCGUAUAUAUUCGGAGUUUAAACAUGGAUGCUGGAUUUUGCAUGAUCAUACAUUUAAUAAAAUCAUGAAAUGACAACUUAUCAAGUGUUUGUCUGAAUGUUAGUAGGUCUUCAUAGCUUUGUUAUUAUUGAAACUUUAUCUGGAAGAGUAUUUAAUAAAAAGAGCAUUUCUGCA